CUAUUCCCCACGUUUUUCUUUUUGUCGCCCAACUCCUCUGAGACUGUUUUUCAUAUACUGUACGAUAUUGUUAUUAGGUUGUUUUUGGUAGAACUGUUUGACGACUUGUGAUAAUUUUUGUCAUCCUGAAAAUUGUGAAACAUUAAAUCUUAGAAGUCAUAAUUAUCCAAAUUACAUCAAUGCUGCUGCUUGUCAAUAAUGAGACAUGAUCCGUUGUAUAAAUUACUUUGGAGAAGUUCUGAGUAAAAUAGUUUUAGAUAUUAUUCGUUCAUGACUGUGGUGUCCAGAUUAACUUAUUUGUUAUUAGACUUUCGUCAAACAUAUAAAUUUAAUAAUACUCAAAAACUUACGAGUUUGCGAUCAAUGCAGACCGUUUAAGAAUGGCUUGCUUGAACGUAUUGAAACAGGAAAUCAAAGUAUUGGAAUCUACUUUUCCCAAAAAUCAUGACCGAUUUCAAGUUCACACAGCUACUGUUGAUGAGGUGAUAUGUAAAUUCGUUGGACCAACUGGUCGUCAGUUCGAAAUUAUUGGCAAUAUUACAGAAACCUACCCGGGAACUCCUCCAGUUUGGUUUGCCGAUACUGAUGACUCUAAAGUUACUAAUGCAAUUGAAAAACUUGGUCAAACAUCUGGUCUUAAUAAUCAUGUUAUUAAUCAAGUUAGUAUAUUGAUAAGUGAACUUUGUCGAACAUAUUGUUUAUCUGAGCCGUCCGAGCUUCAAAGACUGAUACAGAUGCCUUGUAGUUCAGGGGCAUCAACUUCUACUUCCUGUUCUAGUAAACUUACUGAUGAAGAAGAUGAUGAUGAUGAAGAUGAAGAAGAAGUAGAAGAAUAUAUACAGUUAGAAAUGGAAGAACCUAUUACUGAGUCUACUAAAAAACAGAUUGACGAUAUGGAAGUUCAACAUUUAGAAACUCUAGAAAGACUACGUCAAAAUCAACGUCAAGAUUAUUUAAAAGGGGCUGUUACAGGAUCUGUACAAGCAACUGACCGUCUGAUGAAAGAACUAAGGGAUAUAUAUCGAUCUGAUAGUUUUAAGAAAGGCAUGUAUAGUGUUGAACUAGUUUGUGAUAGUAUUUAUGAAUGGAACAUCAAGUUAAUGACCGUUGAUCCAGAUUCAGCUUUAUAUCAUGAUUUACAAAAAUUAAAGGAGAAAGAAGGAAAAGACUUCGUACUUUUAAACAUCACGUUCAAAGAAACUUAUCCAUUUGAGCCACCAUUUGUUCGUGUAGUUCAUCCAAUUAUUCAAGGUGGAUAUGUCUUAGUUGGUGGUGCAAUUUGUAUGGAACUUCUAACUAAACAAGGUUGGAGUUCAGCAUAUACCGUUGAAGCAGUUAUCAUGCAAAUUGCUGCUACUUUAGUCAAAGGAAAAGCUAGAAUUCAAUUUGGAGUACCAAAAACUAUGAACCAGGGUCAAUACUCAUUAGCUAGAGCACAACAAUCAUUCAAAUCUCUUGUUCAAAUUCAUGAAAAAAAUGGUUGGUUUACACCCCCAAAAGAAGAUGGUUAAUCCAAAGUUGUACAAUACUUAAAGUAUAAUUAUUCAUUCCUCAACGAAAAUAAUAAUCACAUGCUAAUUUGUAAAAAAAUGCAUAUUGUUCGUUUACAGCAUACAAUUUAAGUUUUUAUUCUUACUUAAUUUUAGUUUGUGUUAACUACAUUUGAUCAACACUUUAAUUCCAAAUAUUCAGCAAUAUUGUAUUUGUUCAAUUAUUCUAG